AGCAAAUUUUCGCAUGCUCUGGACUUUUUUCUUCUUCUUAUCAACACAGUCGGGAACGUGCGUAUUUGCUCCUGAUGAUUGCUUGAGCCGAGCUCCCAGCCUUCCCUUUAGGGUUAGGACAACGGUCACCCCAGAUGCUGUCAUGUUUUCGCGGCUCUUGUCGGCUUUACCCUCCCACCUUGGAACCUCGGGGCCAUUAUUGUGUCUUCAAGAAUGAGCGAUGCCUCUCUUUCUGAUCUCUACACGCCCGCAAUGAAGUCUGUAAUCUCGAGAGUAGCCUGCCGCCACGGCGCCGCCAACAAGGCACCAAUUACCGCUUGUAGACAACCGCUCCAGAGCUAUUCGCAACCGAGGAGAGCAUUCCACGAAAGUAGGAAUUGGAAAGCUGUGAAGCCUUAUCUUCUGGCAGAUAUUGGAGAAGGCAUCACUGAAUGCCAGGUCAUUCAAUGGUUUGUUAAGCCUGGAGCUCGCGUUGAGCAGUUCGACCCCAUUUGCGAGGUUCAGUCCGACAAAGCGUCAGUAGAGAUUACUUCGCGAUUCGAUGGCGUAAUCAAGAGGCUCUACUAUGAGCCGGACGAUAUGGCCAAAGUUGGCAAGCCUUUGGUAGACAUAGACAUCCAAAGCGACAUAUCCGAGGCAGACGCCGCGCUAUUAAACGGUGGAUCAGAGAAAGAAGCGAGCGCCUCCAGCACGGAAACGACAGGCCAACAAGUUGAUGGUUUGGAGGUCGGAAGAAACGAUACCAAUGCGGUCACUGGCGAUGUACCUCCACCGGCGGCGGAAUUAUUAACCUCUGCGCCACAACGGACACCCGGAAAGCACGCAACGUUGGCGGUACCGGCGGUACGGCACUUGAUCAAAGAAUUCGGACUGAAUGUCGAAGAUAUAGAAGGGACAGGAAAGGACGGGCGUGUCACGAAAGAGGAUGUACACAGGCAUGCGGAGGGGGCGAAGCAACCCACAAAGACAACACCAUCAGCACCAACCUCGACUCCAGCACCUAUUCCACAGGCAGAAGACCAGGUCAAACCUCUUACUCCAGUUCAGUCUGGCAUGUUCAAGCAGAUGACCCGGUCACUAUCCAUUCCUCACUUUGUCUACACUGAUGGUGUCGAUUUCUCUGCACUCAACAGCCUGAGGAAGAAGUACAACGUUGGAAAGGACAAAUCAGGGCGCCUUUCAGCUCUCCCUUUCGUCAUUAAAGCUGUUUCUCUGUCUCUUCUAAAGUUCCCUCUCCUCAACGCCCACCUCGACACCACCACCAACCCAGAUAAGCCACAGAUGGUUGUGAAGGGCUCUCACAACAUCGGUGUCGCUGUUGAUUCUCCAGCAGGUCUUUUGGUGCCUGUCAUCAAGAAUGUGCAGUCCCAUACAAUCGAGUCGCUUGCAGCCGAAGUCAGCCGUCUAAGCAAGCUUGCACGUGAGGGUAAACUCACAAGUGCAGACCUCACGGGAGCAACAUUUACACUCAGCAACAUUGGGAGCAUUGGAGGUGGUGCAGUAUCACCAGUGAUCAGCACUCCUCAGGUCGCUAUCCUUGGUGUUGGAAAAGCGAAACUUGUCCCAGCUUUUGGAGAGAAUGGAGAAAUCAUUAAGAGGGAGGAGUGCGUAUUCAGUUGGAGUGCGGACCACCGAGUGAUAGAUGGCGCAAUGGCGGCCAGGUGUGCAGAGAGCGUUAGAGAAUACCUGGAGAACGUAGAGAGCAUGUUGGUUAGAUUACGAUAGAGCAUUUAUUCCGGAAAGGCAAAAGCAUAGCAUUGAUAUGAAAUUUACAUCUUAAUAUCCAAUAAUAGCAAAUAUCUAAAAG